GAACCCGCUGGAUCUCAUGGCGUCUGGGGUCUCGACGAUUAUCAUUUUCUACCUUUCCUCAGCCUCUUUCAUUCUGCUCAGCUACAAGGCACGUUGCAAUUAUUUGUAAGACAGAAGGCAAUACAUGAUCCAGAUAUCGUAGAUGAACUGUCGAAGGAUUAUAUGUACUUCUCUUGCAUAGGGUUCAUCGACUCCAUCAAGACAGCUUCGCUUAGAUGGCACUCACCAAUGCUGGAUGACAUAUCGGCAGUGCGU